ACUCUUAGGUUUCCCAGAAGCUCCUGUGUUAUUGUCUGUGGAGCUGCCACCAAGUGCUUCAGCUCCUCCACGCAGGGGGUCCUACUAGCCAGCUCUGCUUUCAGGACAGGAAAGCCAUCCUCACAUCCUGAUCUGAGGGAAUGUUAAGUUGUUGUGUUGAACGCAAUUGACCAGCUUGUAGUCCAGAGACUGGGGAGUGAAAAUGAGGAACCUGCUGACCACCCAGAACCAGAACUGCUACCGGGAGCAGAUAGAGAAGGAGACCUACACACGGCUGGCCUGGAAGAGUCGCUACAGCCACCAGUUCCCCACUGCCUUCAUCUCACGCAAGACCAGAGACCUUGGGCUUCCCAAACUUCAACUCCCAGAGUCCUCCAGGACCAGGCCUGCCCUCCCCCCGGUCCUGAAGCCAGGGGGGGAGAAGAGAGAGGUGCCCGCUCCAGUGGUGGUGCAGCGGUCCCUCAGCGAAGCCCCCCUGAUGAGAGCGGUGACCCCCCAGACCACGGCAGACCUGUUCCAGGGCUUCUCCAAGGAGGGGAAGGGGCGCACCUUGUACCUGCACAGACGAACCCAGAAAGGCCCAGAGGAGAAGUUUGACUAUCCUCUCCUGUCCUCCUGGGAAUACGGCUGGAGACUGGGUGACUAUGAACAGGAUUACAGAUCUCCCACCAACGGGAAGUCAGGAGUGGUGAGGAACACUUUCUAUGCGAGGAAUGGGAUUUUCAAUUUUCCAACAGCGACUGAUCGUCUUGGGUAACAAGCUGAACAGCCUUCUCUUUCCUGCUGUUUCGGCCUUGUAAUCGCUGACCUCGAAUGAAAAGCAAUUCCCCCCAAAGAACGAGUAUGACAGUAUAAUUUGUUCCGUUUUUAUAACUGAUUAUUCAAAAAGUGUCUUAUAAAGUUGUUUAUUUCAAUGACAUGCGUUAAAUGGAUUUCAUAAUGUUACAAGGCAUUGUUUGGCUGAAUGGUUAGUACAUUUUGAAAAGUCAAAGAUCCCACAUGCUUUGUGUUGUGGCAUUACAGCAUUCAUCAUGAUAAGACAGGUUAAAGCUGCAAGCUAACAUGAGACAGAAAACAGAGACUCAUACAGACUGUCUCCUAGCAACAGGGAAACAGACACCUGAAAUCUUCUGGUUUAUAAUUAACAAGGUCAGUCAGUGUUUCAUCUCUCCUGGUUAUAAAUGACCUGGACUGCUUUCUCUUACUGGGUCACAUGACUGCAGGCUUCAGGUGAGACAGUGGUGUACAACAAGCUUUCCUCAGACCACGAUCAUAUCCUCUCUGUUCUCUCAGUGGCCCUGGUGGUUCGACCGCAGAAAGGAUGACAGGGUCUACUCACUUCAAAGCAACUCUUUGAGAAAAAUAUAUUGUGUCUAUGUUGUCUUUGAUUCACACCCCAUUUGGCAAACUGAAAGGGUGAGCAGGACUUUUACCUGGUGGAUUUACAGUGAUGUUUUUACUACAUCCAAACGUCUCUGUGAAUGUAUUUGACUGCAGGAACUAGAUCUGCACAGGUACUGCACAGGUACUGCAGCACAGGUUGGAUUGAAUGAAGCCUCAAAAAAGAGCACUGGAGCAAAGCGAAAUACUACAGUAGAAACACUACAGUAGAAACAC